AUGGAAGACAGUGAGAGAUCGCACAUCACACACCUUUACUUUCGACUCGAAGACAAUGUAGUCGUGCCUGUGCGGGUGGAAAUUUUGAAGAAACUUCCCACCUUCGAGGUCUUAUUGCUAUUCGCGUCUGACGAGGAGCUGGAGAGGCCGAUCGACGUGCCCGGAACUUCGGAGGCGUGGAUUCCGUGCAUCCGCUGGGUCGAGUAUCACUUGGGAAUGUCUCCGAUGUCGACCGUCCUCACCGCGUGGGUCAUCGCGUUCUUCCGCAGACACCGCGCCAACAUAACUGCUAUCAUCCGAUUGGCGCACUUUGCGGGCCUCGACAGCAUUCUCCGGUACACGGAUCAUCUGAUUCGCGUGGGAUAUUUGCCGCAGAACUGGAUAGCUCCUACUCAGUUAUGGUAA